CCCCUCCGGAGAGCAGCCGCGCGCGCGUGAGGCCAGAGGGAGGCCGCCGAGGACGCCGCCGCCGCCGCCGCCGCGAGGAUGCUCCGCUGCAUGCCGCCGCUGUGGCGCUGCAACCGGCAGGUGGAGACGCUGGACCGGCGGCACUGCUCGCUGCAGGCCGUGCCCGACGACGUCUACCGCUACAGCCGCUCCCUCGAGGAGCUCCUGCUCGACGCCAACCAGCUGCGGGAGCUGCCCAAGCCUUUCUUCCGACUCCUGAACCUGCGCAAGCUUGGCCUGAGCGACAAUGAGAUUCAGCGCCUUCCCCCCGAGGUGGCCAACUUCAUGCAGCUUGUGGAGCUGGACAUCUCCCGCAAUGACAUUCCAGAAAUUCCUGAAAGCAUCAAAUUCUGCAAAUCCCUGGAGAUCGCGGACUUCAGUGGAAACCCCUUGUCUAGGCUCCCGGAGGGCUUCACCCAGCUGCGCAGCCUGUGCCACUUGGCCUUGAACGAUGUCUCCCUGCAAAGCCUGCCCAGUGACAUUGGCAAUUUAGCCAACCUGGUGACCUUGGAGCUGCGCGAGAACCUGCUCAAGUCUCUCCCUGCUUCCCUCUCCUUCCUGGUCAAAUUAGCACUGGACCUUGGGGGCAACGACCUGGAGGUGCUGCCGGACACACUGGGCGCACUGCCGAAUCUGCGGGAGCUGUGGCUGGACAGGAACCAGCUGUCAUCGCUGCCCCCAGAGCUGGGCAAUCUGCGCCGCCUGGUGUGCCUGGAUGUUUCUGAGAACAAGCUGGAGCAGCUGCCGGGCGAGGUCAGUGGGCUGGUCGCCCUGACAGACCUGCUGCUCUCGCAGAACCUGCUGCAGUCCAUUCCGGAUGGGAUUGGCCAGCUGAAGCAGCUCUCCAUCCUGAAAGUGGACCAGAACCGGCUGGGGGAGGUGACGGAGGCCAUUGGGGACUGUGAAAACCUGUCAGAGCUCAUCCUGACAGAGAACAUGCUGACGAUGCUGCCCAAGGCCCUAGGGAAGCUCACCAAACUGACCAACCUGAAUGUGGACCGGAACCGGCUGAUGGCGCUUCCCCCCGAGAUUGGGGGCUGCAGCAGCCUCAACGUGCUCUCCCUGCGGGACAACUGCCUGGAGUUCCUGCCUCCUGAGCUGGCCGGCACCGUGGAGCUGCACGUGCUGGACGUGGCUGGCAACAGGCUGCAGCACCUGCCCUUUGCCCUGACCAAUCUCAACCUGAAGGCGCUCUGGCUGGCAGAGAACCAGUCGCAGCCCAUGCUCAAGUUCCAGGCGGAGGAUGACGAGAAGACCGGGGAGAAAGUGCUCACCUGCUACCUCCUCCCGCAGCAGCCGUCGCCCAGCCUGGAGAACCUGCAGAACAGCCUGGAUGACAGCUGGAUGGACACCAACCUCAACCGCGUCAGCGUGAUCCAGUUUGUGGAUGAGCCCAAGUUGGAUGAGGAUGAGGAGCCGGGGGCCGAGAGGAGGGGCCUGCAGCGAAGGGCAACUCCCCACCCAAGUGAGCUGAAGUCCAUGAAGAAGGUGAUGGAAGGGCGCCGCAGCGAGGCAUCUGCUGCCAAACGGGAGACCCAGCGGGAUUCUUCCAGUUCAGAGGAGAAGAGGCUGAGUGCCACCUCCAACCGCAGUGAAGACUCACGGGUCUCCAGCAGCACCAUCUCUGCCAGCUGCCAGGAGGCGGUGGUGGCAGCAGCAGCAGCGAAGCACCUGCGGGAGGCCUCAAGGCCAGAAGAGGCAGUGAGGGCCCCUGAGGGGCAGGAAGAGGAGCAGGAGGAGCAGGAAGGCUGGUGGCGGCGGCGGCAACAGCAGGAGGCCGGGGCGGCUGUGGAGGAAGCCCCAGCUGGCCCUGAGGAGGAGGAGGAGCUGGAGUACAAUGAGCCCACGGUGCACUUUGCAGAAGACACACUGGUGCGCAGCGAGGAGGAAGAGGAGGGGGAGGAAGAGCACCCGUUCCCAGCAGGGAAGCAGCGGCUCAUCCGCAAAGACACCCCCCACUACAAGAAGCACUUCAGGAUCGCCCAGCUGCCCCGGCCAGAGGCAGUGGUGGCCCUUUUGCAGGGGCUGAGUGCUGAGGGGGGGCCCCAGGAGAAGGAGGCCGCCCCCGUGGAGGAGGAGGAAGAAGAGGAGGAGGAGGAGGAGGAGGAGGAGGCCAGGUGGGAUGGAGACCAAGCCCAGGAUGGGGCUGCACCUGCCCCACCCUCCUCCGUCAAGGGGGUGUCGUUUGACCAAGCCAAUAAUCUGCUGAUUGAGCCUGCUCGCAUUGAGGAGGAAGAGCUGACCCUGAGCAUUGUGCGGCAGACGGGGGGGCUGGGCAUCAGCAUUGCGGGGGGCAAAGGCUCCACCCCCUACAAGGGAGACGACGAGGGCAUCUUCAUCUCCCGCGUCUCUGAGGAGGGUCCGGCUGCCCAGGCAGGGGUGCGGGUGGGGGACAAGCUGCUGGAGGUGAACGGGGUGCCUCUGCAGUGCGCGGAGCACCACGUGGCGGUGGAGGCUCUGCGUGGCUCGGGCAGCACGGUCUCCAUGACGGUUCUGCGAGAGCGGAUGGUGGAGCCGGAGAACGCCGUCACGGUGACCCCCCUGCGGCCAGAGGACGACUACAGCCCCCGGGAGCGGCGGGGGGUGGGCCUGCGCUUCCCAGAGAGGCCUGAGGGAGCCCCCCUGACGGAGCGCCUCUCCACCUGCCUCAUGCGCAACGAGCGGGGGCUGGGCUUCAGCAUCGCUGGCGGCAAGGGCUCCACACCCUACCGGCCGGGGGACACGGGGAUCUUCAUCUCACGGAUUGCAGAGGGGGGCGCAGCCCAUCGGGACGGGACCCUCUGUGUGGGCGACAGGGUCAUCUUGAUCAAUGGGGUAGACAUGACGGAAGCCAGGCAUGAUCAGGCCGUAGCGCUGCUUACCGCCGCCUCCCCCACCAUUGCGCUGCUGGUAGAGAGAGAGGCUGUGCCCGCUGCCCCCAUCGCCGCCACCCAGCCCAGCGAGGAAGACCUGCCCUUGGGGCAGCGGGCACAGCGGGCACACUCUCCGCCACCACCGACCCCCACCCGCGGGGAGAGCCCACCUGAGGAGACGCCCCUGCCCCACAGGAGCCACCCCGCCCAGAGCCUGGAGAGCCAGUACCCCACGGAGGAGGUGAUCCUGGUCAAAGCGGGGGGGCCGCUGGGGCUCAGCAUUGUGGGCGGCAGCGACCACUCCAGCCACCCCUUUGGGAUCCAUGAGCCGGGGGUCUUCAUUUCCAAGGUGAUUCCUCGUGGCCUGGCCUCUCGCAGUGGGCUGCGGGUGGGAGACCGGAUCCUGGAGGUGAACGGCAUUGGCCUCCGACACGCCACGCACCAGGAGGCCGUGACUGCGCUGCUCUCCAACACGCAGGAGCUGAGGAUGGUCGUCCGGAGAGACCCUCCGCCCCCGGGCAUGCAGGAGAUCUGCAUUGAAAAGAGGCCAGGGGAGAAACUGGGCAUCAGCAUCCGAGGAGGUGCCAAGGGCCACGCGGGGAAUCCCUUUGACCCCACGGACGAGGGCAUCUUCAUCUCUAAGGUCAGCUCCACAGGGGCUGCAGCCCGUGACGGGCGGCUGAGGGUGGGCAUGCGCAUCCUGGAGGUGAACCACCAGAGCCUGCUGGGCAUGACGCACACGGAAGCGGUCCAGAUCCUGCGCGCUGUGGGAGACACCCUUCUGGUGCUGGUCUGCGACGGGUUUGACCCCAAGGCUGUGGCGGCCAUUGAGAUAUCUCCAGGGAUCAUUGCCAACCCCUUUGCGGCCGGCAUCGGGCGCAAGAACAGCCUGGAGAGCAUUUCCUCCAUUGACCGGGACCUCAGUCCGGAGGAGCUGGACGUCCUUCAGAAGGAGUUGGAGAUGGUGAGGGAGACAACCCAGUGGGAGAGGGAAGAGACGGAGAAAGUGGAGCGGAAGCGCCGGGAGCGGGAGACGGCCACGCAGCUCCUGGCCGAGGAGGAGGAGGAGGAGGCCGAGGACCUUGGCGCUGAGCCCCUGCAGCUGGACUACCGCACCUUGGCAGCGCUGCCCAACAGCGGCCUCCAGAAAGCCCCCCGUGGCGCCGCCCUCUCGGGGGAAGGGGAACUGGGAGCCGCCUGGCGAGACUCUCCUUACUCUCCUGGCAGCCAGCAGGCUGCCGUCCACUUUGUUCCCAGCCACAGCGAAAGCAAGUCCUCGACCAAGCCGGGUGUGAUCCAGCCCGUCACCCGCAUGCGCCCAGCCCCAGCCCUGGUGACCUCGGAAGGCCGGGACAGCCCCAAUCCAUUCCAGCAGCCCGAGCUCUGCUCCAGCACCCACAACUCUCCGCGCUCUCCCAGGCCCCCCUCGCCAGGCGACGUCCCCGUCAGCGCCAAGCAGGCCUACAAGGCCUUUGCGGCUGUCCCAGUUCCGCAUCUGCUCCUGGAGCCUGAGGAGCCCCAGAAGAGUGCGGAGCAGCCUCCCUCCCCCUCCGAGGUGAGUUUCAGGGGGGCGGGGGGCCCGGCUUCUCCUGGCCAGGCCCCACUGCUGGGGGGCGGCCUGCACAGCCCAGAGCAGAGGUCCUUCCGCGAGAGGCAGAAGUACUUUGAGGUGGAGCUGAAGCAGCAGCCGGCCGAGAAGCCGCCCAAGAGGGUGUCGCUGGUUGGGGAGGAAGACCUGAGGAAGAUGAAGGAGGAGGAAGCUCGCAAACUGCAGCAGAAGCGAGCUCAGCUGCUGGAGGAAGAGGAGGAGGAGGAGGAGGAAGAGGAAGAGGCCGCCAGGCAGAGACGCCCCCCAGACGUCCCCUCCAGCAUCUUCAUUGAGGGCGUGGAGUACAAAGUGGAGAAGCUGGAGGGGCAGAGCCUUAUGCCCUCCACGCCCUGGUUCCCAGAGCCGGAGCGGCAGAAUGGCUCCUCGCAGAGGAAUUCCCUGGAGGAGGGCCGGAGGCCGGAGGUGCGGCCCACUUCCAUGGCUGGGCUGAGCCCCGUGUACCCCAGAGGUGGCAGUGAGCCUGGGCCCCCCGUCAGGACAGCGAAGGCCGAGCGCCGACAGCAGGAGCGCCUCCGCAUGCAGAGCCCAGAGCUGCUCAGCGCCCAGGAGAGGAAGGAGCUCUCCCCAGCCGAGCGCCGGGCGCUGGAGGCCGAGAAGAGGGCCAUGUGGCGAGCAGCACGCUCUUCCACCCUAGAAGAGAGCAUGAAAGAGUAUGAGCAGGAUCUGGCCAGGAGGCUCUACCAAGCCCGCCAGCAGGCACUGGGGGGGCAGGGCCCUGCUGCCGCCACCGCCGCCACCACCACCACCACAAGAAGCCCUGGGCCAGGGGGCCACCCCAGGAUGAAGUCCCUGGAGCAGGAUGCCCUCAAGGCCCAGAUGGUGAUUGCCAAGUCCAAGGAGGGCAAGAAGAGGUCCACCCUGGAGCAGCUGGCGGAGUCUCCCUCGCCCGCCCCCACCCCUUCGCCCACCCCCCUGGAGGACUGCAGCACCCGGAUCCUGACUUCUCCAGGCAGGCUGUCUGUGCCUGAAAAGAAGUUUCUCUACAGGGAAUUUGCUGCCAUUCCUUCUUCUAAACCAGUUUAUGAAAUCCAGACUCCAGAUGGUGGAAGCACCUGCAGACUCAACGAUGCCAGCAGCUCAGUGAGCCAGGAGCAAGACGGACAGGCAGCAGCCCAGGAGCCCCUUGGGGCGCACGACCCCUUGACUCCCAGCGCAACUCCCCCUCGGGAAGAGAUGGGGCACUGCAGCAGCAGCAGCGGCGGUGGCAAGCGCAAACUCCGACCAACCCAGCACAACCUGGAAACUGCUGUCCCCACAUAGUAGACUUGCCCUUGGGGGCUGUUAGAAACACCACCGAGCCAAGUGGGGGGUCCGCUCUGUGGACAGUGUGGUGAUGUGGCCAGCGGGCUCCCAGGUGGGCCUGGACAGAACAAGCUCCCUGGCGCCUCAGCUGGCAUCUUGUGGGCUGCGACUCCCCCUCCUCCUCACGCAGAGGGGGGCCGAAGAGAGCAGUGAGAGGGGCGGGGGGCCCAUGCAGGGCAUGUGUGCGUGUAAAUAUUGGGUGGGAGUGUGUGCGUGCGUGCGAGGGCGGGGUGCCCGGGUGCUGCAGCUGCUUCAGGCUGACCACUGUUUGCAGAGAGCCCGGGCCCAGCUGACAUUUGCCAAACAGCGAGGGGGCCACUUGGGAAGCACCAGCUGUCCUGCCCCCUCCCUGGCAAAGGGCAGCCAAGGGACAGCACCCUUGUGCAGGAUGGGGAGGGAGAGGGGAGUUAUUGCCAAGUGCUGCCAUUUUCCUUCUCCUUCUGGGGGGCCAUCCAUGCCGUGAGGGGGGGCACGGGCGGAAAUGGGCACUUCUGCCUCUUCAGCAAGGGCCGGAGGGAACGUUUGGGAGCUGCCUGGUGCUAGCAAACGUAGAGCAGUGAGGGAGCAAGAGUAGGAGCAGGCUAGUUUCAUUAGGAUGGGGUGAAGCAGAUAGAAGGUACAGGUAAAAGGGGGGAUUUGGUGGUUGGGGCGCAGGGAGAGGGGUAGUGCAGGGUAGGGCAAAGAUGUUGGGGCACAGGUUGGCGGCCAAGGGUGCUCCAGCGAGGGCCAGGGCUGCUGCUUGCUCUGCCUGCUGGCUCCAGCCUCUGGGGCCCCUUUCUGAGAAGAGUGGCGCUGCCUGUGCGUGGCAGUGGCUUAGCCUCACUCCUGGCUGGGUGGUGGUGAGCAGUGGGUGGCGCUGGCUGGCGUGUGUGCUCAUCACGUGUGCAAACUUGCCAGGCAGCCUCUGCCAAAGGACAAGUUGCAGCAGCUCCUCAUGCCAAAAUCAGAGGGUCAUUUUAACAGAACUUGUGUUUGUCUGCAGAGGGCGAGAGGGGAGGCUUCCCUCUGCCUGCCUCUCGAGCUGCACAGUGGCUGCUUCCACAGCAGCAGUUAGAGCUUUUUGAUUUUAAUCUAAUUUUAGCAUUUGCUUUUAAUGAGCAAUUUGGGAAGUGAUCAGGCAGGGUUUCCGUGACUAACAUACAACUUCUCUAGGUGCUGGGCUGUGGCAUGUCUCUCUGUCUGUCUCCUCUCCCAGAACACUCCGAGGGAGAUCAAGACUGUAACUAGUGACAUUUGUACAACCAAAGAAAUCUAUUUUGUGGUUCAAGGACAAUAAAGUUUACUUUACAUUUUAGAAA